GUACCUCUUGUGCGCCCGCUUGAAGCGGGCCCUGGCGCCGCCAGAGCGCCGGCGGGCUCACACCGAGUCCGAGGAGGAGAGCCGUCGCGUCGAGGCUCUCUUGGACGACCUCCGGGAGCUCGCCGAGCACCCGAUCAGAACCUCAGGUUAUCAGCCGAAGGCUCCGACGAUGGCGAGCUCUAGCGAGACCGACGCUCAGCUCGCGCCCAUCGCCGAUGACCUCGGCCUGGUGUUGCCAGAGAUCUUCGCGGCGGCGCAGGCUGCCCCACCGCCACCGCGCCCGGGCCCGCCUCGGCGCCCCGCAGUGCCGCCGCGCGGCCCGCCACCCCAUGCGGAUGGUGUUGCUGUUCCUGUCCCUGAUCGCUCUCGAUCGCUGCAUUUAGACGCGGGGCAGCUGGACGAAGACGGAGGCGGCUCGCUCGACCUUUCCCGCGAGCUGUCGCGCAUCAUGGACAGCAGCAGGGCUGCGGCCUCUGGCGCAGAACAGCUCGUGGUCCAGAAGGCGGAGCUCGUGAGUGAGUUCGAGGCCAGGGAACGGGAUCUUUCCCGUCGCCUCGAAUCUGCGCUGCUGGAGCGCACCGCCGCGCUUUCGGAGCAGGCCGUCACCAGCAUUUCGGCCGAGCAGGUUGUGAUGCAGCGCCGGCUCGACGAGGCCACUAUGCAUGCCGAGCGAGCUUGCCAGGCUCGUCUGCAGCAGGGUGCGGUUGAGCUCCGCGCCGCCGAGCAGCACUUGCAGCAGGAGGACCGCGCUCGCCUUCGCCUGGCUCUCGACUCUGAAUCGGCUGCCUUUCGACAGCAGGCUCGAGAGCAGCAUGAGCACGUCGCCAAGCUCCACGCGGAGACCUACGAAUCCCAGCAGAUCAGGGAGGCGGAGGUCCGGCAGGUCGCGUCGCAGGCUACCGCGAAGAUCGGCGAGGCCAACGCCGCCGAGGUCGCAGCAGCCACUGCAGCCCACCACCACGAGCAGCUCGCCGCUGAAGCUGCUCGCCUCGAGUCGUCCGCGCAGGCGGCUCUGAGCUCCACAAGGCUCCAGCUCCGCCAGCAGGAGCUCAAGGUCGCGAGCCUGGAGCAGCACAAUGCUGAGCUCCGCGUCCAGGCUGGCCGCACCGCUGAGAUGGACGCCAAGGUGACCAUCAUGCAGUCGAAGCUCCGAGAGUCAGACGAUCGUGUCAACGCCGUGUGUGACAAGGCCCAGGCCUGGUGCGAUGGCAUCGCCCAACAGGUGGCUCGACGUGACUGCGAGCACACCGAGACCAUCAAGGCGCUGCAAGACCGCCUCGAGAUGGUCGAGCAGGAGUGCGAGAACUGGAAGUCCAUCGCCUCAAGUUUCCAUGAGGCGGCCGCGCUCGGGCAGGCGACGGCCUCGGCGGCCGGCCCCGCGCCAGUCGGCCCAGCCAGGGCCCCCAGCGCAUCUGGCGUCAACGACCUCCGUGGACACCGCGCGGAGCACUUCGACAUUACGCAGCUGAACAACCAGACCGCGCAUCCAAGCCCAACGCGGGGGUCCUACCUGGACGGGGGUGCGGCACCACGAUGCGACGCCACGUCGCUGCAGCUGGCGGCGGUCCGCCUGAUCGCGGCGGACCUGGUAGCACGCAGUCUGAACCAGUCCUCCGACUACCCACCACUCGACACCAACGGCCGUCACGCCCAGAUCUGCCUCCUGGACUCCAUCAUGGUCGAUCUGGCGGUGGAGGCGGGGGCGGCGGAGACGAUGGAGACCACGAUGGUGAGGGUGACACGCAACCACGACUCAUCGUCGAGCUCUCUGGAAGACGAGAUCCGGCGGCGCAAGGGCACGGUCAAGAAGAUCGAGUUCGACACCAUCCCCGCUGCCGCUGGCUUCAGGCUGUGGUUGCAGGAAAUGUACACCAAGGUCUGCGCAGCCAGCAAGCGCAGCACGCGCCGCACGUUGCGCUGGCUGCAGGAGGUCGAGACCACUUUCUCCAUAGAGCACCUCGAGCGCCUCGCCGCGAAACAGAAACGGUGGGAUGAUCUUGACAUCGCUCUCGCCGAGGCCGUCCUCUCGGUAGCCUCCGGCCCCCUCCGUCGCGAGUUGCUCAUGUACCAGGAGGAGCAGACGCGUAAGGGGGGCAACCCCUUAUUGGGACGUUGCGCACUAUACCAUGUCUUUUCUCGCUUCACGAUCGAGAGAGGGCAAGCCACGAGCGUCGAUUUGACCACUUUGGUGCAGUUGGAGUACAAGGGCGACCUGGAGUCUUUCGUCGACGCCUGGGACUACGCAUUGAUGGCGCUGGCCCGCGUGCCAGACGACGACAUGCUUCUCGCGCCCUUCGCCAGCCAGCUGCGCAAGUGCAAGGCCAUGUCGCCCACCUUCGUCCACUACGAUGGGGCGCAAGACGGUUCGCCGACGCGGAGUGCCAAGUACCUCUACGACGCUGCGCGCCAGGAGAUCGUGAGGCGUCAGCGCGAAGACACGACUGCAGGCCUACUCAAGACUCCACAGAAGACCGCCCCUGCCAAGACCAGUGACCCCAAGGGUAAGGCGGCCAACGUCGAUGACAAGCCUUUGUGCAAAUUUUGGCCUCAAGGCAAAUGCACGAAGGGCAGCGACUGCGUGUUCAAGCACGUUGGCCCUGGGAAGCCGACGCCCGCUGCCGUUUGCCGCGUGCCAGCGCUCCCAGCAUCCGACGCCCACUUCGCCGACCGCGAGUGGGCCCUCGACUCCGGCACUGGCAACGACCUCGCGCCGCCCGGCAUGCAGGGCCGCCGUCGGCAUCGCGAGGAUCUAUGUGCCCUGGAGACCGCCAAUGGGAUUCUCAAUCCCACCGAGACCGUCACCGUCGGCCUGCCAGAGCUCGACGAGGACGCGGAGGUCAUUGAGCUCCCCAACACGCUGCCGGCGCUCUCGCUCGGCCGCCGCUGCGCCCAGCAUGGCUAUGACUUCCAUUGGCCUGCGUGUGCUGAUAAGCCGACGUUCCUGAAGCCUACAGGCGAGCCAGUGGACAUCGGCGUCCAGAACUUCGUUCCUGUGGUCUGCACGCGCGCCGACAAGCCGACUGGUGACCGCCGCCACGUACGCUGCAUGCCCGCUGCGCCAUCUUCCGAACAGCACGUUGGGGCCGGCAGCGCGGUCGGCAGCAGCCACCCUCCAGACCAAGCCAUCGCACCUCCUGAUGCUGCUCCUGCCGCUGUCCGCGAGGAUCCACAACAGUCGCCUUCGGUGAUUGAGCCUGUCGCGAGCGCGAUGGGCGUGCGGGACCCGGUCCUGAAGGACAUUGAGCGCGUUUUGGACGACCCCCUCCUUCUCGACGCCGCCAUCGACCCUGAUCCGCAGAAGGUGCACUCUGACAUCGACCCGAUGUCUCCGAGCCACCUCGCGACGCACCUACCCAAGUGCGCCGCAUGCGAGGGGUGCAACUUCGGUAAGACAGUCAAGUCCCGAAGUCAGCGCCGCGUGCUCGGCGUGACCAUUGAGGUGCCAGAGGGCGAGAAGGAGUUCGGCGCGCUGCUGCACAUGGACCGCCUGGAGAUGGAGCGCGGCAGCGAAGCUUGCCGAGCUGCGCCGUACUGUUUGCAGUUGCUCGACGAGCAGACCGACUUCUACGACCCGUUCCCCGCCUCGAAGCGCGACCGGGGCUCCGUCGUCAACAGCACCCACGAGUUCGACAACGAGACCAUGGAUGUUCGUCGCUGGUGGUCGGACUCCGCGCCAGAGUUCAAGGCAGCUGCCACUGGCAUGUCUGAGAGGUGGUGGCCGCUUGCUAUUUGCCACUGGGCUGCCUGCUACAAUGCGACCCGCCUCGACGGUGACGGCCGCGCGCCCUGGCACAAGCGUUGCGGCGAGCAGGCCCCUUUCAAGGUGUACCCGUUCGGUGCGCUGGUCCUCUUCAAGCCGCCGCCUGGCAGCAGGGUCUCCCGUGUGGAGGCCGAGAAACAGUGCACCAAGGAGUGGUGCAACCGUUUGGUGCCUGCCAUUCUCGUCGGCGUCACGCAGGGCCCCGCCAUGAAGUUGUCCAAGUCGUACUUGAUCGCCCCACUGGCCAGCAUCAUGGCCGACGGACGGGCCUCGCGCGUGUCCGUUCGGACUGUCGCGGACGUGGUCGUCCCUGACACGGUCAGCUUUCCCCUCAAGCAGAGGCUGACGCUGCUCGGGGCGUUCGAGGACGCUAACCUCCCCGCCCCUCACACCGUCGACGACGACGAAAAGUGGGAGCUCAUUGCCGGCGAGGUUGACGAGGACGACUUGUUGGAGUACGACGGCGUCCUGAACGAGAACGGCGGAGCAGACUUUCCGGCGCUGGACGCGGACGUGCACGACGCUGCGCAGGCCGCGGCUCAAGCUCGUGCCGAAGCCCAGGAGCUGCGGCCCGGUCCGGUCUGGCUAUCCCUCAACCUGAAGGCUCGGAACCAGGAGCGGGAGAGGUGGAAGAAAGACGACCCAGAAGGGCAUGCUAUCCAGGAGAAGCGCCGGGCCGACUACCUCUCCAUGAUGGAAAAAGGAAAGGUUGGCAAGGGCAAGAUCAGGGCGCUACCCGCCGCCCUACUCGACUGCAAGGGCAGCGUUGGCCAAGAGACCGAGGUAUUCUAUGGUCAGCUUCCCGCCCAGAAGCCGCGCUGGAACCCACCUCGCCGGACCCCGACAACGCCUCCGACAUCUGCCCCGAGGCCGUCUUCGACUUCAGGCUCGCCAUGGUCAUUGGGCUUCGGUGUCUCGAUCGCUGCGGACUCCAUGCUGGGCGCCCUCCACGCCGUCAGGAACCUCCCUGACCACGUCGACCACCUCCUAGUCGAGCUCUGCUGCAGCAGCGACUCGGCUUCUGGGCUUCCGGCUCCUGCGAACGCCGCAGUUUUUCGAGUCACUGCCCAGUCGGACCUGACCCGACUCGACACAGUCAAGUUCGUCAAGGACAUCGUCAAGAAGGCUUCGCAGAAGAAGCUGGACAUCAUGCACAUGAAUGCCGCAAAUGGCGUCGAGACAGGGGACUUGCAGCUCACCGAGAAGCUGAUCAUGAACGCCAUCAAGAUCUGCGAGUUUGCUAAGAGCAGGGGGGCUGACAUCACGUGGGAGUGGCCGCUGCGCUCCGACCUGUGGGGCAACGAGCACGUGCGCGCGAUGGUGAACUCGCUCGGUGGCGAAUUUGUCAAAGUGGCCACGUCCGCGGUCGAGCGUAGUCACCAGCUGUCGGGUGAGACGAUAUACACCCGGAAGGAGUGGUGCCUCUACACGACGGACAUGGAGGUGCGCAGCGCGUUUGCGGCUUACAGCUGCGACAAGGACGCCGACUCGAAGAAGUUCGCGUGGUGUAGGGGGCGCAUCGCUAGAGAAUCAGCGGUCUGCGCGCCUCUGUUCGCCAGAAUCUUCUGGGCGGCCUGGAGCGUCGUGUUCCAGCGUGCCCAGGCGAUGGCCGCGAAACCUGCGACCGCUGACACUGUCACCGAGCUGCUCGACUUCGGCGCCGACCACCGCGAGCGAGACAUGCCACCUUGCAGACUUCUUUGGUGCGCCCUCGCCACUCGCAUCGUCAAGCCCAGGAGCGAGGAGGCGAAAUGCGAGGGCGCUCGGAAGGCCAUCCUGAAGGAAGUCGAGCGGAUGGGCAACGACAAUGUCUGGGACCCGAAGGACGUCUACAGCCUCAAGGACUUCCUCAAACACCCAACGAUUAAGGAGGCCAUGCUGGGGCGGGUCUUCACGAUCCUCCGGGUCAAAGGCGAGGAGCCGGGCCCCGAGCUGAAGGAGUGGAAGGGCCGCAUCGUCUUUCAGGGCUCGAACGUCAGGACUAAGUCUGGCGUCUCUUCGACAGACUUGUUUGAAGAGGUCUCGAAUGCGCCAGCAAGCUUUGCUGCUGCGCGCGUGGCCUUGGCCGUCGGGGCUCUGCGGGGCUUCGCGGCCACCCUCGGGGAUGCCGAGGCAGCGUGUCUACAGGCCUUGAUCGAUGCGCCUGGCAGGGUCCCUACGUUUGUCGAACUUCCAGCUGAAUGGUGGCCGGACGAGUGGUUCAGGGAUGGCGCGGCCAGGAAGAUCCCCAAGUACGACCGCCCCCAUUGCCGUCUCAAGAAGGCGCUCUACGGCCAUCCGGAAGCCGGGGCGCUCUGGGAGGCGAAACUCACCAAGAUAUUGAUGGAGGACGGCUGGAGCCAGCCGAGCAUCUCUCAUCCGGGUGUUUGGCUUCGCCCGACUGGGGCUGUCCUGGUCAUGUACGUGGACGACAUGAUGAUGGUCGGGUCCGGCCAGAUGUGCGCGGAAUUGUGGAAGAAGCUCGAUCGCAAUGUGCGCUUCAAGGCUGAUGCCGAGUUUCUGAACCGCUAUCCCGGCGCGUUCUACGACCUGACCCCCUACGACCUGAACGUCCCUGACGCCGUCCGCACGCUGAGCAUCAACGUGGACGAGUACGCCAGCAACGCGGUCAACAAGUUCAGGGGGGAGCACCGCAAGCCGCUGCACAGGGUGACCUCGCCGUACUUGGACGCGGAGGCCUGGGCGCAGGAAGGUGAGCCAGGCGGUGUCUUUGCCGCCACAUGCGCGUCGCAUGUUGCUUCCCUCCUGUUCCUGUCGUGCGUGGCACGCCCAGAUAUUUCAGUGGUGGUUCAACGCCUCUGCGCGGCCGUGACUCGAUGGACCACAACUCAUGACGCUGCGCUGGCCCGCGUCAUGGCCUACCUCAGCAGCACGGGGCCCAUCAGCUUGGUCGGAACGCUCUCGCCUUGUGAUUUGGCCGACUGCGAGCUCCAGGAGUGGAGCGACGCGGACUGGUCUGGAGACCCAGAACACACGAGAUCCACAUCUGGGCUCUUCCUGGUGCUCGCUUCGGAGACUUCGGAGACUUCCUGGUGCCGCUGA